GAAACAGAGAAACUGCAGAGCAACGUGAAAUGCGAGAAAAAUCUGACUCGAGUAUCAGUUUCCGGCCAUUGUUUCUUGUCCCCAAAAAAGAUUUGACCAUGUUAAGUUCACUUGUCCCCUAUGAUUUUUCGGCUUUGUUCCCUAAAACCCCUCGGGUCGGGAGACCCUCGACUAUGUAUGAUACGGACUUAGUUAAGACCGAUUUACACGCCUUUAGCCCAAUUAAACUGUCGCAUGCAACCUGCUUGCAACUUCAGUUGCACUGUAUAAAUCAAGCAUACCGAACUCAUCAACCCCGUACCCGCGGCCAAGGUUCUCUGAACCCUGGGUACGAGGUUGACAACUCAUCUACGACAACGUAAGCGAGCUGUGUGCUUGAUUUGCACAGUACAACUCAAAUUGUGAGCAGGUUGCAUGCGACAGUUUUAUGCAAAAGUUUGUAGUUUAAAUCGACCUUUACGAUACUCUGAUCGGCCGGAUGGUUGCUAUAAUCAAAGACAGCUAAGUGCUUAGCAACUAAAUUAAAUGGUUGCAUGCUUAUUUAUGCGGUCAAAACUAUAAAGAGUGCCGAUGAGUGCAGGUUUUAAAUUAAAUCUUAUUAAAGCAGGUGGAAUCAAAACAUUGGUCCAUGUUGUUAUGAAUACAAAUAUUUCCAACUUUGUUUUGCAUCGUACAUUAUACCAAAGAUUCGUAGUUUAUCUCCCCAGUAUACGUACUAAACCAAGGUUAUAGCAAAUUUUCUGACCAAUAAAGUAUAGUGCUGGUUUGUGUUUUCACAAAUAUCGCGUACUUUCUAGCGCAAUGGGGAGCAUUGAACCUAUACAUGAUUGAACUGAUUUUAUUUGUAUAUCUGCGGAUGAGAGAACAUUUUCACAGAGGAUCAAGCUGCUGUUAUACACACGUAAAAACUCACAAGUUGUUACAAGUCUGCAAACAAGUUGUUACAAAUCUAUUCACAAGUUGUCGACAAGUUGUGUUCGCACUGCUUGUUCCCAAUUGUUGGAACAAGCUUGGACCAAGCAGUUAACAAUUUGUAACAAGCUUGAUGGCAUUAUCAGACUUGUUACAAGGUUGUUCUAACAAGUCUGAUUCAGUCAUGAUAUAACAAGAAUGUUACAAGGUUGUCGACACAAGGUUGUAACAAUAUUGUUGUAUCAUGACUGUAUCGGACUUGUUGGAAUAACCUUGCAACAAGUCUGAUAAUAUCAACACGGCUGUUACAAAUUGGUAACAGCUUGUUACAUACUUGUUGACAACUUGUUGACAACUCGGUGACAGCUUGUUGGCAGACUUGCUACAAAAUGUGAGAUUUCUGCGUGUGUAAUAGAGAAGCAUGCACGUAGGACGUUAUCCAUUCAUUACGUUAACAUUUAUUAAUUAUUACACUGAUUCUAACCUAUCUUAAAGAUGGACUGCCUCAAAUCAACCCAAUUAAAGUUACCACGGCAACCGAGGGGACCUUCUGCUCCAUAAGAUGUCUUGAUUACCCAGGAUGCAAUUCAUUUGCAUUCCUAAACUAUACAUCAAGCGAGAAUUGUUUGCUAAGCAGCAGUGUUGAUGGCGCGUCAGUGAGUGGAGCUAUAGUGGUAUGGUCGAAAUUUAUAAGAAGGCUGUGGCAGAAGUUGCUAAGGUGAGCUUGCGUUAUCGUUUUUGUAACUUCUGGUAAGCCCCCCCCCCCCCCCCCCCUAAAUGAGCAAGACAUGUUUUUGUACCGGUGCGGUGAACAAGCGCGACGCUAGCGCUCACCCUGAAAAAAUUGAAAAUUUGAGGCUCGCUCGCAAAUGUAAUUUCCUGAACUUUAUGACACCGAAUUGAAGAAGUAUGGGGAACAAAAAUGCUACAAAAAAUUGCGUCAUAAUUGGUUUUGGUGCUUUGCAGUUGGAUAACUUGGCGGGGGCCAAAAUCGCCAGCAAAUUAGCAUGGUUGAAAUACUUGGCAAUGCAAAAACCUCGCUCUUUUCAAAGACAUAUACGAUGUGAUCUACUUUCAGGACGGCUUAGCCCCCUGUGAAAAUUUUACGGGUGCAGAAGUCAGCCCAGUUUAAAUUCACUUAAGUUAAGGAAUAUUUAUUAACCACAAUGUCGGUAAUUUCGUUCACUUUGUCUCAAAUAAACGCCGCAUCCGAAGAGUGCCGUGGUGCUAAGAUUCUAAUAUAUAUUUACGGUACGAUUUAGUCUCCUUCGCACGCGUUUUUCAAAUAACUCAGAACGUAUACGCUCCCCAUGUAAGACUACGUUCAUACGAGACGGACGAAUUCGGAACUGCAUGGAACUUCGCCCGAAGUGGAGAACGUCUUGUUAGGAAUAAUUAUGUAAUUGUUUUUCUUGAAGAUUACAAGUUUAUUUCUGUUUCAAUAUCUACUUACCGUAGGGAUGCGAUCCAAACCCCUGCCUCAAAGGAGGGACCUGCCUGGACACAUGUGAGGAGCCAUUUUAUCACUGCGUUUGUCCGGAAGAAACAACAGGAGAUGACUGCACGCCUUUUCAGUAAGUGCUUGAUUCUCAUUUCAGUAGACUAAUGGUGGAUUAUGUUAAAUGCAUGCAACUUACAAUCGAGGGACUCAGAUUUGAUUUCCGAAUUAAUAAUCAGAUGCGAUUUAAUCAGAUGCGUACAAAGCAAGUGAGAGGUAGCGGAGUGGAAGUCAAUUUUGAACUUCUCUAACAUUACAACACCAUCAUUCAUUAUACUGACCAACACAAACACUUACGCAUGUAUUCUAAAAGCACACUCACACUCAAUGAGUGGAGGUUCAAUCUGAGCUUCCCUUGAGCGUCAAUGCUGUUUUUGAAUAGCUGGAGAGUUACGCCCAUAUUCUAAAAGCUCACUCACACUCACACUCAUUGAGUGUAGGUUCAAUCUGAGCUUCUCUUGAGUGUUAAUGCUGUUUCUGAAUAGCUAGAGGGCUAGUGUCAUAACUUACUUGGUGACUACUCGCCCUCCAGUUAUUCAGCGACAGCAUUGGCAUUCAAGAGAAGCUCAGAUUGAACCUACACUCAUUGAGUGCGAGUGUGAGCGAGCUUUUAGAAUACGGGCGUUAUAGUGUCGUACCAUACUAUGUGACUACUGACUACUCACCCUCCAGCUAUUCGGCAAAAACAGCAUUGACACUGUCAAUGCUGUUUUUGCCGAAUAGCUGGAGGGUGAGUAGUCACAUUUGACACUCAAGGAAAGCUCAGAUUGAACCUCCACUCGUUGAGUACUAGUGUGAGUGAGCUUUUAAAUUACAGACGUUAGCCACUCCGAGAACAAGGUUGAGCAUCGUCUACCUGUCCCACAACUAAACAUGCGACACCAACAAUGAAUCAGAAAAACAAUAGCAGUUAACAAUGACAAGUGUCAAUAACAACAAAAACAACAAAUUAAAAACAACAACAGCAUCAAGAACAAUAACAACAACUAUAUUUAACAAAUAUAUUUCAAUACUUUAGCACCUUUCUAUACGAAGUUUACACAUCUUGGUAAAACUGGGUGCACUGGACCAACAACAAUAGGAGCUAACUACGAUGGCCAAACACACAAGGAUCUGACCACCGUACAAAACGGAAUACAAUAUUUUACAGUUCCCUAUACAGGAGUAUACACAAUCACUGCCGUUGGGGCUGCAGGAGGACAAGAUAAAAGCAGCAGUUCUUACAUAGGGAGGGGUGCAAGAGUGGGUGGAAACUUCAACCUAGAAAAGGGGCAGGUUUUAAAAAUACUGGUUGGUCAAGUAGGCAAAAAUAACAGUCCGCAAUCAAGAUCUGGAGGUGGUGGUGGAUCAUUUGUGGUUACCUCUUCAGACGUACCGUUGAUUAUUGGAGGUGGGGGAGGCGGUAUAGCGUCAGUAACCCAGAUGUAUAGUAAUGCAGAUGGCAAUACAGGAACGGCGGGAAAAACUAACGGCGGUCCUGCUGGCAGUAGUAGUUGGAGUGGUGGAUCGGGUGGGUAUGGGGCAACCGAGGCAGAUAGUAGUAAUUCAGGUAAUGUAUUUCAUAACCUGCGUGGCAGGCCCUCAGUUUUAUGGGGGGCCUGAUUUGCAACGGGCAGGCUGAGGACCUGCCACGCAGGCUAUGUAUUUGACAACACACGUUAAAAAAGGCACACAGUCGCUCUUUGAGCGAUGUGAUUUUACGCCGUCGCGACAAUAUAACAACAAUGUAAUUUGAUAUUAUUUACCAUGUUUGGGACCAAAAUUCAAGUUACUUCCAUAAAUAUAUCUAAAUUGAAUAUCCAGUGUAAAUUUAGCCAACUUUUUUUGCAUAAAGGCAUAUAUUAUCGGCAGUACUUUUGUACAAACUUGAAAAAAUCACAUUGCUCAGCAGGUGACGUUGUGUCUUUAUUCUUUAAAACUCGCGACUUGCAGUAACCGGUACCAUGCAACAGAUCUGUUACAAGGUUGUGUUCACUGUGAAUCAAUCAUGGACAGGGGCAAACUGAGCUGUAGGGUAGGCGGACGCGGACUGAGAACCAGAAAACUGUAGGCCCAUGAAUUGCUCAGAUUCAAAAUGUCGCGAAAAUAUCGACUUGGCGCGCUGGAGUUUAGAAAUCAAAAUUGAAUGACACGCAAUGCUCGUGUGAAAGAUCGUUCUCGCAGUGAAGUUGGUGACAACAUGCAUGUUGGACUAAAUUACGUGCGGAAAUUGGUACCAUUUUCGGCUCAAAAAUGGUAACAAUUUCCGAACGUAAUACAAACAUAUACAAAAUAUGCAAACUUGGCAAGCCUAUAUUUUCCGGAUUUUACAACAUUUCGUAACCAAAUUUUGCCAUUUUACUAAUUUUAAUAAGUUCUUUACGGGAAUUUAUUUUUUUUGCCUAGAUCAAAAAUUAGUCUAACAUGCAAGUUGUCUAUUAAGACAAGACUAAGAUCUUCGCCAAAACAAGAAAAUCGUGAACAAUUGAUGAUCAUUGCUAUUGGAAAGGAUAUUGAGUUGCAUCUAAAGCGGAACAUUCAAUAAAAACAGAUUAUUGAUUAUGGCUAGUUUGCCAUCUAAAACUAAACGGACGUGUGUGACGUGAAUCAUUAAUCGCAAUAUGUUCAGAGAUCUUUACUUUACAUACUAAAUUUCGAUACCAAAUCCUCUAUAUAAUUUUUUAUUUAUACACUCGCAAAUGGGCCCCGAUUGUAUUCCUGAUCGAGGCCCAUGACAGAAGUUGUCAGUUCACCCCUGACUGAUCUACGCAAGCUAAAACUAGUUAGAAAUAGCUGUAACCAAGCGAGUAAGGACAAUUCCUAAUUUGUUGAAGUUCAGUGUUGAUACAAGAGGAACUGGAGUACAUGAAGAAAACCUGUGGUAUUUAUUAUGAGUCAAAUCGAAAUAAGUAAGUGGGCUUUGCUAGGCAUGUUUGAAUACUUGCAACUGAGAGCUAAGUUGAAUAACCAAGAACAGAGCUCAAGCUGAUCGAGUCGAAUGCUUUUUGAGAAAAUGUCUGAUAUACACAUCUCAGUGGAAACGUCGGAUUAAACCUACGACUUUCGGUACAGCAUUGAUUGACGGCGAGAAUCGGACCCACGAUCUCAAAGGUGAAUGGCGAUUGCACCACCGAAGCCCCACAAAAGCACUUUCAGUCUAGCACCAAACUGGGACAUUAUAAAUUACCACUGUGUCACCCCCAACCGUGGCAAUAUUUAUUUAUUUGUUUGUUUAGCUUUGCCAACUAGGGCAGGGUCACCACAGCAGCAUAUGCCAGUUACUGUGGGCCCAUUUACCUAACCCACCCUAUCGGCUUUCCCUGUUGGAGGAAACCGGAGUACUCGGAGGGAACCCACGACUUUCGGCAGAGCGUUGACUUUUACUCUUCCCACAUGAGGACUGGGUUCGAGUCACAUUGAGAAGUUCUCACUGAGGCUUGAACCUGCGACCUUAGAGGUUAAAGGCAAGUGCGCUAACCACUUGGCCACCGAAGCCCCAUAUACUUCAUUAGACGUUUUUAUGUAUGUUUAAGGUGGUGGCGGUGGAGGUUUUUACAGCAACGGACGAAGUGGAACCAACCAUGGAGGGUCAUUUGGAUUUGGAGGGCAAGGGGGUUUCGGCUUCAUACAAGGUUUGCAAAGCAAAAUUAUUGGUAAUUUUUGUGUGAUUCCAACGUUUUUUCCAGUACGUUUCUUCGCACCUUCACACCACUGUAAUGUGUUCUACAUAUCUUUAUUCGUAGUCAUACAUAAGGAACAUAAUUAUACUUGCAAGACAAGACCAUGCGUUCCUUCCCCUAGAUUCCUUAUUCCUUAAAUAAAAAUAAAAUAAAUAUUCCCAAGACCAUGUGGCCUGUCCACGUGACCUUUAUCACCAACCAUGUACAACUAGCAGUGUACUAGGAUUAUUUGCCCAAUCAAAAGCCCUAAAAAGAAGUUACCUAUCACUCCUUGCUCGCUUAGAGUUUAAGGUUUGAGAUUUUCAAAGGCCAACCUUUUUGAAUUAUAGCUGUAUUACUAUAUAAAGUUAAAUUAAAGUUCUAAUUAUUUAUUUAGUUUAUUUAGUGUCAAUUACACAGAAUGUGGUCGCCCACCCGCGCAGGCCACACGUUCGACAACUGAGCAUAUCAAAUCCUUAGUACAUAAUGAUUGAGUUUUCCAGUGAAUUUCCCUAACCUAAGUAAAUACCAGGUUAAAUACCCUACCCUCAAGCGCGCUAACUGGGACAGUUUUCUUCGUGCAUACUUUUCGCAUCAUCUGUUAAACAGAGGAUCUGUUUUGAAACGUCCACAAAAUCCUCUGUUUCGAAACGUCCAAAUGAAUCAUACGAAAGUUUGAAAAGUGCGUUUUGUAUACGGAUGCCCAAUGGAAAUACAAGUUUGUGACACCCAAAGUAAAAAAGGCCACCCAUUCUAUGACUCGCGUGCCCAAGGCCAAAGAUUUGGCACAAGCAAUAACCGAUGUUAUUUAUGUGACAUUUCAGGUGGUGAUGGUGGAAGAUCGUACACAGGUAAUGGAGGAGGAGGCUUUGGAGGAGGCGGUGGUGCCUAUGGUAGUGGGGGGGAGCUGGAGGAGGGGGUGGUUAUUCCGGAGGAGCAUCAGGAGAUAAUUAUUCCAAUGCAUGUGGUGGAGGAGGUGGUUCAUUCAACGGUGCAUUUCAAAAUAAAUUUUCCAGCCAAGGAUACAACAGUGGCAAUGGCUUUGUUCAAAUAAACCGAAUUAAUGUCUGAAUUAUCCAACUUUCCCUUGCACAAAUAAAAUUUCCGAAAAUGCUGUAUUUGAAUCUUCGAAGCAAAAUAUACUUUACAGUCAAGGAUAAAACCACAGUUGAUGGUAAUAUGAUAGUCUGGAAACUAAACAGAAGUCAUUGUGUUAUGUUUUUGUCGGAGUUUAUGUUAAUUUGUGCACGGUCACGUGAUUGAGCUCAUUGUAUUUUCGUAUAAUGAAGUGAUUCAUGUCGAAUCCCUAGGGAUGCGGCUGAGAUGAAACAUGCAACCAUGAUGAGUAAUAUUUAAUGAAGUUACCAGAAAGGAUUUGUACGGUGAGGUACAGUUCAUCAUCAAACAAAGGCUCGUUCUACUUUGUAGCUUUAAAUUUUUCCGGGCUUCCAGACCAUCAUAUCUAUGGUAAAAGUAAAACGACGGUCAUGGAUGGACAUGUUACAAUAAAUCGAAUUUACGUAUACUGAUAAACGUUAGUUUAGUGUUAACUUAUCUUUUUAUCUAACACGAACUUUCCAAAGUAAAAUAUCUCUGUCAUUAGCCAGAGUAAAAUACUUUGGAAUAACUGAUAAUGUCGAGAUUUAAGCAAAACGGUCAGUUGGGCAGAAAGUCGGGCUGCUGGUAUUAUAUAAACAGAUCUAGUUUGCCUCAUUUUAAUACAAUGACAUUUUAUACUAACAUUCAAACAUUUUAUUAUAAAUAUUUGAUUGCAUUAAUUUUUAUUCUAAUUUGCAAAUUGUAUCAAGCGUAUACAUAUAAUUGAAUUGGUUGAUCUUUUCAAAGUCAAAACCCACAACCGAAAAACCUUCAAAGGCCAGGGUGAAACGUCGAACUUUUCAUGUGCCGAACCUAACGCAAAUGAAGUGAAACAAAGAACUUAGCUCAUUAACAUUAGGUUCGGCACAUGAAAAGUUCGACGUUUGUCCCUGGCCAUACUUAAGCGCAAAAGCACAAGAAAUGUACACACUGGCGAAGGAAUAAAUGGGACUGGGGGGGGGGGGGCUUAGUCCCCCUAAAAAUUAAUAAGGCGUGAAUGGAUUUCCUAUAUAUUUUCAUUUUGUUAAAUGAAAGUGCCAUGAACCUUUUUCUGGUUUGAAAGUCCCCUUUUCCAGUGUUAUGCAAAAUCAAUGUACUCAGUUAUAAGUUUUAGAUUAAGUAAUUUGUUAUUUUGUUUCCUAUUGCUCAAAAUUCGCUUGUUUAUUACAUUGUACCAUGCAUGGGGACCCAAAAAAGAACCUGGACGGUAAGACAUCGGUAUAGGUGUCUCUUUUUAGCCACGCCCUCUGACCUGCUUCCGUGGGUAUUGCGCUUUGGGCACAAAUGCGUGACAAACCAUGGCAAUUUUAUUAACUAUGAACUAAGCUAGGCAGCAAAUCAUGCGCCACCCGCGUUAUCAAUCAAUUCCCGCACAAGUCGUGCACUUAACCACAAAUCAAAACAACAACAUAAAUUUAUUACAAUCAAAUGCUGUGGUCACAUUUGAACUGUUGUACAGCUGUAAACUGACGUCGAUUUAAAUAAUUCUCCUAAAUAGUAAAUAAAUUGCAGAGAUUCUCGACCUAAAAUAUUCUAAAAUCAUGUCAGUAAGAUUCGGGACGACAUUAUUUUUUCUUUGCAUAAAUCUACGGCGUUUAAUUUUGGCUGUCGGGUACGAGUGUCAUCGCGAGGGACAGUUUGUCAAAGUGGAACCAGGUAUAUCUUUGAAUUUAUGUUGCGUACACGUCGCAUGCCUUCAGAUUCGAUAGCAUUCCAAAAAGUAACUUUGUAAUUGUAACUGCUCCGACCCCAGCUUACUUUUUCGAAUCUUGCCUUUCCCUCAAAAAUAAAGCCUUAAAGGCGCACUGCAAAUACCAAUAUUUUUAUAACGUACGGUGUCCAUGACACAUUAUAUUGGCCUGGGUAUUAAACAACUGCAUGUCUAGGGAUAUUCUGAUUUCUGAUCCACUUAAAAGACUAAAUUUAAAAGCUCAGUAUGUGUGUAACUCUGUCUACAUGCAUUUGCUUAGCUUAAAUACGACAUAAAUUACCAGGGGCCGGUUGUAUAAAAAAGCUAGUGAUUAAAGUUAAUUAUAGUUAGUGGAAACGUCAUCCAAUAAGAAGCGCGUAUUUGAGAGUUAAUCACCAUUUAACUACAAAAUAGUGAUUAAAAAAGUGGUUAAUUUAAUUAAGAGUUUUAUACAACCGGCCCCAGGAAACAGAAACUGCAGUGCAACGCGAAAAGUGCGAGAAAAAUAUGACUCGAUUAUCAGUUUCCAUUGUUUCCUUGUUCCCAAAAAAGAUUUCACCGUGUUCCCUUGUCCCUUAUGGCUAUGAUUUUUCGGCUUUGUUCCCUAAAAUCCCUGGGAGAUCCUCGACUAUAAGACCGAUUUACACUAUACAACUUUUGCCUAAAGCUGUCGCCGAUGCAACCUGCUUACAAGUUCAGUUGUAUACUGUAUAAAUCAAGAACACAACUCAUCUACGACAACAUAAGCGAGUUGUGUGCUUGAUUUGCACAGGACAACUCAAGUUCAGUGUAAGCAUGUUGUAUGCGACAGUUUUAUGCCGAAAAGUUUUUGUUUAAAUCAGCCUUUACGACUAUACUCUGAUUCGGUUAGUUGCUAUAAUGAAAGACGCUUAGUGUUGCCAGAUCGCUUAACAAUGUAAUACGUUGUUGUCUUGGACAGUAUAGAUUUCCGUCAUAUUAGCCUUAUUAGUUUUAGCUUGUUAAGUUGCUUGAAAAUUUGUUUAGCGGCAGUAAUUUAAUUCUUGUUUAUAUGGGAUCGCCGUAAUUGGGGAAACUGUGGUGAAUUCCCUGGCCCCAUAUGUUGUAUUUAAAUAGUAGCCGAAUCUUAUUAAAUCUUAUAAUGAAAGACGCUUAAUAGCAACUAAAUUAAAUGGUUGCAUAUUUGCAUAAAUAUGUCAAAACUAUAAAUAGUGCCGAUAUAGUGGAGGUUUUAAAUAAAAUCAUAUUAAAGCAGGUGGAAAUCAAAACAUUUGUCUAUGUUGUUUUGAACACAAUAUUUCCAACUUUGUUUUGCAUCCCAUAUUAUCAAAGAUUCGUCCAUUUUUUUCAGUACAACCUGAAUAAAGGUAAAAGUGAAUUUCCUGACCAAGAAAGUAUAGUGCUGGUUUGUGUUUUCACAUCUCUCCUCGUAGCUUUUAAAAAUUAAAAUUCAGCGUUCACAUCGCGUACUUUCUAGCGCAAUGGGGAGCAUUGAACCUAUGAGUAUGAUUGAACCAUAGGCCCGUUUCAUACGCCGUACUUCACAUGUACCGAAUACAUUAAAAACAAUAGAUAAUGAGGCAUUUCAGCUCAUUACCUAUUGUCUUUAAUGUAUUCAGCACAUGUGAAGUACGGCGUAUGAAACGGGCCAUAGUUAAUAGAGAGAAGAUAAAGUCCUCUUUUAACUAUGAUUGAACUGAUUUUAUUUGUAUAUCCGCGCGGAUGCAGGGCCGGAUUAACGUUUCCCGGGGCCCGGGGCAUAUUAUAAGUGCAGAGUCUUAAAAUAUUAUUGGAAUAUGGCGUUGAAUGUCAUCGACCUGCAUAACUAUUCACUUAGAUGAUUAUGCCAUUGAAUGUCUUCAGCAUAACCAUUCAACUUGGAUGGUCAUGCCGUUGAAUGUCAUCGGCAUAACCAUUCAACUUGGAUGGUUAUGACUUGAAUAUCAUCGGCAUAACCAUUCAACUUAAUUAGAUGGUUAUGAUGUUGAAUAUCAUCGGCAUGACCAUUCAACUUAGAUGGUUAUGACGUUGAAUGUCAUCGGCAUAACCAUUAAUCAAGUUGGAUGGUUAUGGCGUUGAAUGUCAUCGGCAUAUUAACCAUUCAACUUGUGACUUCAGAAUAUUUGACAAUUCAAUUCAGUAGGAGACAUAAUCACAUAAUGGUUAAUUAUAGAUGCGAGCAAGAUGAACAACACUCUCUGAUUACAAGUGAGGGUCUCCCAGGGGUAUUUGGGGAACAAGGGAACACUGUAAAUUUUACAAUGGGAACACGGGAACAAAGGAAAACAAAAUUAGGGAACAAGGGAACACGAAAUAUAUUGGGGAACAGGGGAACAAAACCCCUUUCCUAGAAUAUAUACAAGUGGUACAAUGGCCUAAUGUAUUGUAGAUGAAAAAUGGGCAUAAUAUAUCGUUUUCUCCAAUUUGUCCAACCAGCUAGUGUACUUGUGGUAGACUGUUCUACGGGCUGCUUGAGGAUGAUAAGUGAAGUUUCUCCUCUAGUCAGAUUUUUGAGCAGCCAUCAUGACUUUUCUCGGUCACAUUUUGCUUGCACCUGAAAAAGCAGAUACCAACGGCAACGCCCUUCACAAUCGACGCAGCAAUCACCAGAAUCGAAGAGGUAUAUGACUUCGAUUGUCAGUGCAUACAUAGAACAAGUCAAAGCCUUCCUUAGAACAAAUGCCCAGAGCCAAGGUCCGCAAGGAAACGUUUCUUCAGUCGUUGUGGAAGACGAAACAAGAAUCUUUGGGAGAAAUGCGAGGUCUGCUUCAAAAGUAUGAUCCACAGCUUUUGAAGUUGUUCAAACUUAAAGCCGUUUGACGCUGGUAGUCGAGAAUUGUUUCUCCGAGAUGAGGGCAGGGCAUGUGAUAUGCCAAUGCAGUUGCAGUUCGACUUUCACUUCAGUCGAGCAAUGAAGGAGCACUUGAAUACUUCAAGUCAAAUCUGACUUGAAGUAUUCAACUCUACCAAAGAUGGCCCCACCUUCAGCAGCACAGUUGACAAAGUCACAAGUGCAGCAAAUGAGAGACUGGCGCAUAAAGUAUGGUCAAAGUGUCCCACAGAAUACCGUGCGGAACAUGAGCACUAAAGACAAUCCGGGUACUCUGCCGAUAAAUCUCUAUGCCCUGGCACAGCCAGCUAGCGAGCCUUUGGAAUUCUCGAAAAUUACAGAAAAUGGUACCCAAACAGACACACACCAUGCCAACACGCACAACAUUCUUCAUUCCACUGGGGACGUUGUUUUUCUUGCCUCGUACGCCAAUUGUGGGCGGAUGAUGAUCUACCAUCUACAAGAAAACGUUAGUGUUUCAACAAAGAAAGCAAGAGCCACCAUUUUUGAAGGUGACCCUUUCAAUCCACUUAUAUUUACAGAAGAAGGAGUUGUCAAGGUCAAUGCGAAAGAAAUACCUGGUUCUCAAGUGGAAACCGUUUGCAGGAGAUAGCAACUUUGAACUGACAGAGAAUGAGUUUCUAAGAUAGCAGUCGAGAAUGAUUGAAUGUGUUGAUGCUGUGACGAUUGAAGAGGCGAGAUGAUAUCGACCAAGAAAGUGCAACAGAUACGAAGCCAAGACGUGCAAGAAAGACACCACAUAGGCUACUGACGAUUUUGUAUAUUAUGAUUAGUAAAGGUGAUACUUUAGUACUUUAAUCGUUGGAACAAUUGAAGAAACUAUAAAUGCAAUGCUGUUCAUUAGAUCUAUUUUUUGUUAUGUAAUAGUAAUACUGUCAAUACUUCCACGAAGUCAAAUAACUAUUAAACAUUAUAGUCUUCUUCAGUAUUGUAUUUUUCAAAUGAGCAACAUCUGCAGGCUUGUGAUUGUAUUUUUCUGUUUAAUUUUGUUAAAGUGAACGUAUGUAUUAAUAUAAUGGAUGAUAGCGAGGAUAAACUGUCAAAUUUUCUGAAUAACGAAACAAAAUUUAAUUUAUAAAGGGGAACAAGGUAGCAUGGUUAAAUUUUGGAAGGGAACAAGGGAACAAAGCGAAAAUUUUGAAGGGAACACGGGAACAAAUACCCCCCCCUGGGAGACCCUCACAAGUUUCCAUCAAAUUUAAACGAAUCUAAAACUAAACUUACAUAUAUACUUAUAUACAAUACUGAGGCAUAUAAAGGCCUUUGGCGGCGCCCUUAUAGGCCUUAGUUGUCGAGCACGUGUAUCAUGAGGCUUUGGCUUGACCGGGCCACAAACAGCACCCCGCGUAACUGACUGAAAUCUAUAAUAUUUCAUCAAAGUAUGUGACAGUGCUAACCUACAGAACCCUGUUGUAAUGUUCAUAUACACUAAUUCUAACCGUUCGUCUCCUAUUUUAAAGAUGGACUACCUCCACUCAACCCAAUUAAGGUUACCACGACAACCGAAGGAACAUUCUGCUCCAUAAAAUGUCUUGAUUACCCAGGAUGCAAUUCAUUUGCAUACCUAAACUAUACAUCCAGCGAGAAUUGUUUGCUAAGCAGUAGUGUUGAUGGCGCGUCAGUGAGUGGAGCUAGUGGUGUGGUCGAAAUUUAUAAGAAGGCUGUGGCAGAAGUUGCUAAGGUGAGCUUGCGUUAUCGUUUUUGUAACCCUCUAGUAAGCCCCCCCCCCCCCCCUUAAAUGAGCCCUUUUCUCUCUUCAAACAAAAGACAUGUUUUUGUAACCUGGCACCGGUGCGGUGAACAAGUGCGACGCUCACCCGGAAAAAAUGAAAAUUUGAGGCCCGCUCGUAAAUGUAAUUUCCUGAAUUUUAUGGCACCGAAUUGAAGAAGUAUGGGGAACAAAAAUGCUACAAAAAAAUUGCUUCAUAAUUGGUUUUGGUGCUUUGCAGUUGGAUGACUUGGUGGGAGCUAAAUAUAUACUAUUAGGACGACUUAGCCCCCUUUUAAAAUUUUACGGGUGCAAAAGCGCCGCAUCCGAAAGAGUGCCGUGGUGCUUACGGUACGACUUAGUUUCCUUCGCAGGCGUUUUUCAAAUAACUCGGAACGUACGCUUCCAGAUAAGACUGCCUUCAUACGAGACGGACGAAUUCGGAACUGCAUGGAACUUCGACCGAAGUGGAGAACGUCUUGUUAGGAAUAAUUAUGUAAUUGUUUCUCUUGAAGGCCACAAGUUUAUUUCUGUUUCAAUAUCUACUUACCGUAGGGAUGCGAUCCAAACCCCUGCCUCAAUGGAGGGACCUGCCUGGACACAUGUGAGGAGCCAUUUUAUCACUGCGUUUGUCCGGAAAAAACAACAGGAGAUGACUGCACGCCUAUCUACAGUAAGUGCUUUAUUCUCAUUUCAGUAGCUUCACGGUGGAUCAUGGUAAAUGCAUGCAACUUACAAUCGAGGGAUUCAGAUUUGAUUUGCACCACGCCACGCCACCACCGCUAUCGCUACCAGUAAGGGACCAUUAAUAGAAAUAAUAAUCAGAUGCAAUUUAAUCCGAUGCGUACUAAACCUCUCUAACAUUGCAACACCAUCAUUCAUUACCCUGAUCAACACAAACACUUAGCUACUCCGAGAACAAGGUUGAGUAUCGUCUACUACAACUAAACAUGCGACACCAACAAUGACAAAGAUCAGAAAAGCAACAGCAUUUAACAAUGACAAGUGUCAAUAACAACAAAAACAACAACAACAGCAUCAAAAACAACAACAUGUUACAACAGCGGCAACGACAAUGACAACAACUAUAUUUAACAAAUAUAUUUCAAUACUUUAGGACCUUUCUAUGCGAAGUUUACACGUCUUGGUAAAACUGGGCGCACUGGACCAAACAAAAUAGGAACUAACUACGAUGGCCAAGCACACAAGGAUCUGACCACUGUACAAAACGGAAUACAAUAUUUUACAGUUCCCUAUACAGGAGUAUACACAAUCACUGCCGUUGGGGCUGCAGGAGGACUAGAUUCAAGCAGCAGUUCUUACAGAGGAAGGGGUGCAAGAGUGGGUGGAGACUUCAACUUAGGAAAGGGGCAGGUUUUAAAAAUACUAGUUGGUCAAGUAGGCAGAUAUAACAGUCCGUAUCGGUCAGCUGGAGGUGGAGGUGGAUCAUUUGUGGCUACCUCUUCAAACGUACCGUUGAUUAUUGGAGGUGGGGGAGGCGGUAUACUGUCAGUAACCAAGAUGUAUGUUAGUGCACAUGGCAAUACAGGACCGGCGGGAAAACCUAACGGCGGUUCUACUAAGAGGACUAUUUGGAGCGGUGGAUCCGGUGGGUAUGGGGCAACCGAGGCAGAUAAUAGUAAUUCAGGUAAUGUAUUUGGCAACACGCGUUAAAAAAGGCACACAGUCGCCCUUUGAACGAUGUGAUUUUACGCCGUUGUAACAAUGUAACAACAAUGUAAUUUGAUAUUUAUCAUGUUUGGAGACCAAAAUUCAAGUUAUUUCGAUAAAUUUAUCUAAAUUGAAUAUUCAUUGUAAAUUAGGCCGACUUUUAUUAAUUGCAUAAAGUUUUAUUAAUUGCAUAUAUUAUCACCACACCUUUUGUACAAACUUGAAAAAGAGUUGUGCAUGAACAAAAAUCAAGUUUCACGCCGACCAAAUCACAUUGCUCAGCAGGUGGCGCUGCAGUGCCUUUAAAACUCGCGACUUGCAGCAACCAUGCACAGAUUUGUUACAAGGUUGUGUUCACACGCCGCAGCAGUCAUGGACAGGGACCAGUGGCGGAAAUUCACUUUUCCCGGUGGGGGGGCAAAGCCUCCAAAAUUUCCGACAAACCUCCUCCAUUUGCACUCGAAAAGGUUGUUUUUAGCCCUCUUUUAGGCCAAAAUGUCCGAAAAUUCGUCAAUUGUCAGCGGUAGACCAGAGCGGUAGGGCCGGGUAGUCGGACGCGGACUGAGGCCCGGAAACCUGUAGGCUGGCCCAUAUGAAUUACUGAAAGGAAGACAGAUUCAAAAUCGGACCCACAAUCUCAGAGGUGAAUGGCGAUUGAACCAUCGAAGCCCCACAAAAGCACUUUCAGUCUAGCACAAAACAGCAGGGACAUUAUAUUCAGACAAAAUUGCAGAAAAUUAAAGUUGGUCUGGGAGGUGAAAUGCACACGCACUAACCAGUGGUGGCAAUAUACUUCAAUAGAAGUUUUUAUAAUGUUUCAGGUGGUGGCGGUGGAGGUUUUUACAGCAACGGACGAAGUGGAACCAACCAUGGAGGGAAAUUUGGACUUGGAGGGCAAGGGGGUUUCGGCUUCAAACAAGGUUUGCAAAGCAAAAUUAUUGGUAAUUUUUGUGUGAUUAUAAUUAACGUUUUUCCAGUACGUUUCUUCCCAUCUUCACACCACUGUUGUGUUCUACCAUAUAUUUAUACGUAGUCAUACAUAAGUAACGUAAUUAUACUCGCAAGACAAGACCAUGUGUUCCUUCCCCUAGAUUCCUUAUUCCCAAGCUAGAAGACCAUGUGGCCUGUCCACGUGACCUUUGUCAUAGUAACAUGGUCAGCUGUUUCAAAAAAGGUUGUCCUUCAAAAAUCUCAAACCUUAAACUCUAAGCGCGGAAGGUGUGAUGGGUAUCUUCUUACUUAAGGCGUAAAACGUGCGAAUUGUGCAUAGUAACUAUGCAGUGGCGGCGCCAGGGGGGGAGGCAAGGGGGGAUAAAUGCCCCCCAAAAUUAUCUUUUGCCCUCCCCCAUUUUGCCCCCCCCCCCCUCAAAAAAAUUUAUUAGUCACUGAGAACAUUUAACUUUAAUAUUUUUCAUUGUUUUUCAAAUAUUCGGGACCACUUAGCAAUUUUAGCUAUUUGGUCUGCAUACCUUGUAAAAUUUUUAUCCGUUGACGGUUUUAUUUGUCAGUUGAAAACUGAAAAUUCGCGUCACGUUGCCAAAUAGCGUCCGGCCUGUAUGAGCCUUAAGGCACUAAUAAGAUGAAAGUAUCACGAAAUUAUUUGAAUAAACCACAUCGCAUAUAUAGGGAGCGAAUAUCCUGAAGGAGGGGGACUUUCCUGAGGCAUUCGCCCCUCUGGGGGGGGCGAUAUUCCUAAGAUAUUCGUCCCCCGGGGGCGGUAUUCCUAGGAAUAUCGGCCCCUUUUGAGAGGGGGGCGAAUCUCCUGGGGGGACAAAAGUCCUGUGACAAAGGCAUGGGCAAAUAGCAGUACCUUUUUAAAAAUUCUAUCUUGCCCCCCCAAAAUAUGAGUUUGCCCCUCAAAUGCCCCCCCCCCCAAAUUCUGAGGCCUGGCGUCGCCACAGUAACUAUGGCAAGCAGGCCCGCAUGGGGAGCAAGGAGGCAACUGCCCCCCCCCCAGAGAAAACUACAUUUACGAUUUUUAGAAUGUCAUUAUUGAUUAUUCUUUGGAUAUUUGGGACUUUUUUGGCAUAUAGGCCUUACUGCCCCCUGGUGAAAAAAUCCUGCGUACGACCCUGAUGGCAAGGCAGAUAAUAAACACUUAAAAAAUCUAAUAAGAACUUAAUAAAUCUUAAAAGAUGUACAACUAGCAGUGCACUAGGAUUAUUUGCCCAAUCAAAAUCCCGCUAAAAAGACAUUUUCAAAGGACAACCUCAGUGUGACCACAGUAUUCUAUUAACUGUGGUGUGACCAGAUUUGGUAAUUUUAAUUACUUUUGGUAAUAUUUCACGAUUUUUCUGACUUUUUUGGUAAUUGAAAAUUUUUGGUAAUUUUUUUAGUAAUUUUUCGGUUGUCGCAUGAAAUUCAGCCAAAUACGCCAUAAUAACACAACCUGUUAUUCAAAAAUUCAAUGAGAACAGUUACAGGUCCAUGCCUGCAAAGCUGUACAUCCAAAUUGCAAGCUACUGGCCCAAGCUGUCCAGCUGAAUCGACGGAAUCCUGCUGAUCACCAUUCACCCUGUGCUGAUUGCGGGCUAGGGACCCGGACCAAUCAUCGUGGCGCCAUAUUUGCAUUUUGCACAAUUGCAAUCAAAAAGUACAAGUGAGAAAGAAAAACAUGGAAAAAACAUAGUUUCAGUGAUGGAAAAUGUCUUACUGAUUUUGUUUUGCUGAGAUGUUUUAUUGAUUUUCAAACCACUUUGGUUGACAGCAGAAAUUUAGUAAUUUUUUCUACGUUUUGGUAAUUUUUUGCAUGCUUAUUUAGUAAUUGCCUUGCAAAAUAUCUGGUCACACUGGACAACCUGUUUUGAAUUAGCUGUAUAUAGAUCAAAAGUUAAAGUUCUAAUUAUAUAUUUAGUCUAUUCAGUGUCAAUUACACGUCAGUUACACAGAAUGUAGUUGCCCACCCGGGGCACACGUUUGACAACUGACUGCAUAUCAAAUUCUUAUUACAUAAUGAUUAAGUUUUCCAGUGAAUUUCCUAGCUCCCUCAAGCACGCUAACUGGGACAGUCUGCCUUCCAUAUAAACAAGAGCCUCUAAAUGAACAAGUCUUGUUCGUGCAUACUUUUCGCAUCCUCUGUUUUGAAAACGUCCACAGAAAAGCCUGGCAGAAAGCAUGAAUCAUACGAAAGUAAGAAAAGUGCGUUCUGUAUGUCACAAACUUGUAUUUCGAUUGGGCGUCCGUACCCAAAAUAAAAUAGGCCGCCCAUUUUAUGACUCGCGUGCCCAAGGCCAAAGAUCUGGCACAAGCAAUAACCGAUGUUAUUUAUGUGACAUUUCAGGUGGUCAAGGUGGAUUAGCGUAUAGAAAUACUGGAGGAGGAGGCUUUGGAGGAGGUGGUGGUGCCUAUGGUCAUGGAGGGGGCGCUGGAGGUGGGGGUGGUUAUUCCGGGGGAGCAUCAGAGAUAAUUAUCCUGAUACAUGUGGUGGAGGAGGUGGUUCAUACAACGGUGCAUUUCAAAAUAAAUUUUCCAGCCACGGAUACAACAGUGGCUAUGGUUUUGUUACAAUAACCCGAAUUAAUGUUUGAUUUAUCUAACUUUCCCUUGCACAACUAAAAUUUCUGAAGAUGCUGUAUUUAAAUCUUCGAGGCAAAAUAUACUUUACAGUCAAGGAUAAAACCACAGUAGAUGGUAAGAUGAUGGUCUGGAAACUAAACAGAAGUGAUUGUGUUAUGUUUUUGUCGGAGUUUAUGUUAAUUUGUGCACGGUCACGUGAUUGAGCUCAUUGUAAUUUCGUAGAAUGAAGUGAUUGUCGAAUAGGGAUGCGGCUGAUGUGAAACGUGCAACCACGAUGAGUAAGGGACCGUUCAUUAAUUAUACGUCAGGGUGGGCUGGAGGAAAAAGAGCAGAAACGGUGCAAGUUUUCCAUGACCCCCCCAUUAAGGUUUUAAUUUUUUCAUGACCCCCCCCCUUCUAACCGUCAAUUUUUUUCACAGCCCCCCUAAAAAAUUUUCCGGACGUACAUAAGCAUAGUCUACAAAUUUUUCCGGACUAACAUAAGCAUAUACAAAAUUUCUCCACCAACAUAAGCAACGCUUCCAAUUUCUUCACCACAAACAUAACAAAAGCUUUAAAACUGUUAAAAAUUGCAAACCAUUUCAUCAAAUGGUUUUGGUUGUGAAAGCUUAAUAUUUGAAACUGGUCAACCUAAAAUAUUUACAAUUACCGCAAAUAAUUUUGGCAGCCCCCCCUUUCAUGCUGAAAACACUUGAAAGGCCCCCCCCCCCCCCUUCUAACCGUAAAAUGUUUUGGCAACCCGCAAUGAUGUUACCCGCACAAAGGAUUUGUACGGUGAGGUAUACAGUUCAUCAUCCAAAAAAAGCUCCUUCUACUUUGUAGCUUUAAAUUUUUCCUUGCUUCCAGACCAUCAUAUCUACUGGGUGUAUAAAAAAAAUGUACUCAGUUUCAAAUUCAAAUUAGCCAUAACCUUUUAAAUAUUUGGCGUUGCUCUGCAUGCAGUAAGCUGGCCCAUUUUAUAUCUUAUGCAGACUUGAAUAAUGCUUACUUUAAACAUUUUUCUUUGAGUUGUGUAUUUGUUCAUACAAAUAGAAGUUAUCCUAAAUUCCCAUUUGCAGAAGGCGUUUUCACCAUUCAUUAAUUCGAGAAAUUAUACGGCUGUCAAAUUACGGUUAAUUUGAAUUUGAAAGGGUGUGCAUUUUUUGAUACACCCUGUAUGCAUGGUAAAAGUAAAACGACGGUCAUGGAUGGACAUGUUACAGUAAAUCGAAUUUACUGAUAAACGUUAGUUUAGUGUUAACUUAUCUUUUUAUCUAACACAAACUUUCCUAAGUAAAAUGUCUCUGUCAUUAGCCAGAGUAAAAUACCUUGGAAUAACUAAGUAAUUUGUUAUUUUGUUUCCUAUUGCUCAAAAUUCGCUUGUUUAUUACAUUGUACCAUGCAUGGGGACCCAAAAAAGAACCUGGACGGUAAGACAUCGGUAUAGGUGUCUCUUUUUAGCCACGCCCUUUGACCUGCUUCCGCGGGUAUUGCAGUGGCGUGCUGGCAGGGGGGGCCGGGGGGCCACGCCCCCCCCCCCAGCUGGCAAUUCUUGGGGGGCGCAAAAAUGAAAAUGGGGCGCCGAAUUUUGAAAGUGGGUGGGAAAAAACGCAUUCUCGAAAAAAUAUGGUUACUUCCGCCAAGAAAAGACAUGUUUAUAGACUACAGUAUAAAACAGACUAAGCAUAUAUAGGCGACAUAUAUUAAAUUACAGACUAUUUUGCCUAACCGUAUUUGCUACCUCACAGCUCACACGAAAUCGUUCAUAUAGAAACAUGAUCAGUGAUCACAGGCAAUGUCUCAUUACCGGAAUAUUGGUCAGGUUUCGAUCGAAGCGAUCACAGGAAUUAUGCCCUUUUUUGCUGGUAUUAUGCCCUUAUAUUAUGUCCUUUAUUAUGCUUCACGAGUCACGAGAGCGGCGCAAAUUAGAUAGUUGAAGUUAUGAUAACUGAUGUUUAGUUGUGUACGCAAUUUAGUUGUUUGCACAAGAAGCAUGAGUAAUGUAAGCAAUGAAAUAAUGCUGAAACAUGCCCUUUUGGCAGCCAGGCAAGGAAACCUUAAAAUGCAUAUGCGUGGGUUGCUUGUGUUAUUGUAUAGAAGAGCUUUAAGUUGUAAAUGUACUCAGAACAGUAGAUCAGUAGAGAACAGAAUUGGGAUUAGAUUAAUCGCUGGAAGUAGUUAGCAUUGCAUAAUUUAAGUACUACUACUAAAUUCUAACCGAAUUGCAAAUUUCGACACGUUAUAAUGCCGUUUCCUGACCAUGAGAUUUCUGUCAAAUCUUCCCCAAAAGUCCAGGAAAUGGCAUUUCAGAGACUCUAAAUUCAAAAAUUUUCCUGGGGGGCAUGCCCCCGGACCCCCUAGACAAACCUCGUACCUGCGGCACUCGGCUCUUGCCUUCGGCCCUCGUUUAUCAAGUGUAACAUUGUAGGGGCGCAUAUUGGUUGACAGGCCACUGGCCCCUCCAGAAAAAUAGUACCCAGCACGCCACUGGGGUAUUGCGCUUUGGGCACAAAUGCGUGACAAACCAUGGCAAUUUACAAGCUAGGCAGCAAGUCAUGCGCCACCCGUUAUCAAUCAAUUCCCGCACAAGUCGUGCACUCAGUAACCACAAAUCAAAACAACAACAUAAAUGUAUUACAAUCAAAUGCUGUGGUCACAUUUGAACUGUUGCACAGCUGUAAACUGACGUCGAUUUAAAUAAUUCUCCUAAAUAGUGAAUAAAUUGCAGACAUUCUCGACCUAAAAUAUUCUAAAAUCAUGUCAGUAAGAUUCGGGACGAUAUUAUUUUUCCUUUGCAUAAAUCUACAGCGUUUGGCCGUUGGGUACGAGUGUCAUCGCGAGGGACAGUUUGUCAAAGUGGAGCCAGGUAUAUGUUUGAAUUUAUGUUGCGUACACGUCGCAUGCCUCCAGAUUCGAUAGCAUUCCAAAAAGUAACUUUGUAAUUGUAAGGGCGUGUUCAUUAUUUAUACCCGGGGUUGGUACCGAAGAGAAACUAAUCGAAAAGAGAAAAAAACAACCACCCACCCUUUCGAUCAACCAUUUUUUCCCUACCCCACUAUUGCAUGACUUGGAUUUUAUUUUACCCAACCCAAUCUCAAGAUUAUACAAGUAUUUUACAUAUAUAUAUAUAUAGGCCACUAUAGUAUAAACAGUACUGUGCAAGUUUGGUGCACUAACUGAAUGUCAAAUAUAAUAAUUUGUACCUUCACAAGUUCAUAUUAUGUUCCCAAGCCUCCAAGUUCCAGUCCUACCAUAUCUCGUUGUUGUAAUCAGAGGGGAUGGGGAGUUGGACUUUAGUUUUCUUUGUGGGGAAUGAAUGGAUAUUUCCUGGGAUGACCCAUUUUGUUAAAUAAAGGAUUUUCAUAUUUUGUUCAUUCGAAAGUUUGUAUUGAAAAUAAUUUACCCAACCAUAGGCUUUGUUCAAAAAAUAUUUACCCAACCCUUCAUACCCCAGAAAAAUGGCUUACCCAACCCAUUUCUCUUCGGUACCAACCCCGGGUAUAAAUAAUGAACACUCCCUAACUGCUCUGAUCUCAGCUUACUUUUUCGAAUCUUGCCUUUCCCUCAAAAAUAAAGCCUUAAAGGCGCACUGAAAAUACCAAUAUUUUUAUAACGGUGUCCAUGACACGUUACAUUGGCCUGGGUAUUCUACGGAACACAUUAAAACUGCAUGUCUAGGAAUAUUCUGAUUUCUGAUCCACUUAAAAGACUAAAUUUAAAAGAUCAGUAUGUGUGUAACUCUGUCUACAUGCAUUUGCUUAGCUUAAAUACGACAUAAAUUACCAGGAAACAGAAACUGCAGUGCAACGCGAAAAGUGCGAGAAAAUAUGUCUCGAUUAUCAGUUUCCAUUGUUUCCUUGUUCCCAAAAAAGAUUUCACCGUGUUCCCUUGUCCCUUAUAGCUAUGAUUUUCGGCUUUGUUCCCUAAAAUCCCUGGGAGAUCCUCGACUAUAAGACCGAUUUACACUACACAACUUUUGCCUAAAACUGUCGCCGAUGCAACCUGCUUACAAGUUCAGUUGUAUACUGUAUAAAUCAAGAACACAACUCGUCUACGACAACGUAAGCUAGCGAGUUGUGUGCUUGAUUUGCACAGUACAACUCAAGUUCAGUGUGAGCAUGUUGCAUGCGACAGUUUUAUGCCGAAAAGUUUUUGUUUAAAUCAGCCUUUACGACUAUACUCUGAUUCGGAUAGUUGCUAUAAUGAAAGACGCUUAGGGCGCUUUCCAUUUAACGGCCUGACCGGUCAGAUCCGAAUUCUUUUCUCUGUAUCAAUGAAAAGAUCUGGUCUAUGUUUCUCAAAUAUCUAGCGAAAAUGGACCUCAUUCUAAUGUUACCUAAAUGUUCCGGUCAGAUAGGUCCGAAGCCCAAAUGUUUUGUAGUGAUGGGCGAUACUAUCGAAAAAGUAUCGAAAUCGUCGAUACUUACAAAAGUAUCGAUAUUUUCGAUACUCGCAAAAAGUAUCGGUAAUUCGAUACCACUUGAGCCUACGAUGUUUUUGGUCAGUAUUGCUGAACAAUCGCUAAAUGCUUCAUGAAGGCAACAGACUGAAGGACCCGGAAGGCAAAAAAUGUUGACAUGAUGCUGUUCUUAAACAAAAACAUAUAGCUAAUUAGCAAUAUAUUUGAGGAAAACAUUGGUGUUCAGAUUUAAAAUCAUAAUUGCAAAUGUUAUGUUCGAUUAUUUGGCAGGUACUCCAGUUAGAGUAUUCUUCGACUUGUUUUAAACAUUAAUGUUCUUGUUUUAAAAGUUAUUUUAAUAUUGAAAUGGAAAGCCUUUAAUAAAUUGAGCCUGCGAUGUUUUUGGUCAGUAUUGCUGAACAAUCGCUAAAUACUUCAUGAAGGCAACAGACUGAAGGACCCGGAAGGCAAAAAAUGUUGACAUGAUGCUGUUCUUAAACAAAAACAUGUAGCUAAUUAGCAAUAUAUUUGAGGAAAACAUUGGUGUUCAGAUUUAAAAUCAUAAUUGCAAAUGUUAUGUUCGAUUAUUUGGCAGGUACUCCAGUUAGAGUAUUCUUUGACUUGUUUUAAACAUUAAUGUUCUUGUUUUAAAAGUUAUUUUAAUAAAUGGAAAAAAUUGAGUAUCGGUAUCGAUUUUGGUAUCGGUAUCGACCAAAAUUCAUGGUAUCGGACUGGUAUCGUAUCGAAACCAAAAAAGCUGGUAUCGCCCAUCACUAAUGUUUUGUGUUUCAUUCAACAAUUUGACCGUUCUGACCGGUCUGGCCGUGUUGAUGGAAAGCGCCCUUAAUGUUGCUAUAAUGAAAGACGCUUAAUUAAGUGCUUAGCAACUAAAUUAAAUGGUUGCAUAUUUGCAUAAAUAUGUCAAAACUAUAAAUAGUGCCGAUAUAGCGGAGGUUUUAAAUAAAAUCAUAUUAAAGCAGGUGGAAAUCAAAACAUUUGUCUAUGUUGUUUUGAACACAAUAUUUCCAACUUUGUUUUGCAUCCCAUAUUAUCAAAGAUUCGUCCAUUUUUUUCAGUACAACCUGAAUAAAGGUAAAAGUAAAUUUCCUGACCAAGAAAGUAUAGUGCUGGUUUGUGUUUUCACAUCUCUCCUCGCAGCUUUUAAAAAUUAAAAUUCAGCUUUCAUAUCGCGUACUUUCUAGCGCAAUGGGGAGCAUUGAACCUAUGAGUAUGAUUGAACAAUAGUUAAUAGAGAAGACAAAGUCCUCUUUUAACUAUGAUUGAACUGAUUUUAUUUGUAUAUCCGCGGAUGCAGGGCCAAAUUAACGUCUCCCGGGGCCCGGGGCAUAUUAUAAGUACAGGGUCUUAAAAUAUUAUUGGAAUAUGGCAUUGAAUGUCAUCGACCUGCAUAACCAUUCACUUAGAUGGUUAUGCGGUUAUGCCGUUGAAUGUCUUCGGCAUAACCAUUCAACUCGGAUGGUUAUGUCAUUGAAUGUCAUUGGCAUAACCAUUCAACUUGGAUGGUUAUAUAUGCCGUUGAAUGUCAUCGGCAUAACCAUUCAACUUGGAUGUUUAUGCCGUUGAAUGUCUUCAGUAUAACCAUUCAACUUGGAUGGUUAUGCCGUUGAAUGUCAUCGGCAUAACCAUUCAACUUAGAUGGUUAUGACGUUGAAUGUCGGCAUAACCAUUCAAGUUGGAUAGUUAUGGCGUUGAAUGUCAUCGGCAUAACCAUUCAACUUGUGAUUUCAGAAUAUUUGACAAUUCAAUUCAGUAGGAGACAUACGCCCGUAUUCUAAAAGCUCACUCACACUCAAUGAGUGGAGGUUCAAUCUGAGCUUCUCUUGAGCAUCAAUGCUGUUUUUGAAUAGCUGGAGGGGUAGUGUCAUACCUUACUAUGUGACUGCUCACCCUCCAGCUAUUCAAAAACAGCAAUGACACUCAAGAGAAGCUUAGAUUGAACCUCCACUCAUUGAGUGUGAGUGUGAGUGAGCUUUUAGAAUACGAGCGAUAAUCACAUAAUGGUUAAUUAUAAAUGCGAGCAAGAUAAACAACACUAGCUCUCUGAUUACAAGUUUCCACCAAAUUUGAACGAAUCUAAAACUAAACUCACAACGACUUUCCAAAGAUCUUUUUGGAUUAGCACAAUCAGAACUUGGAACACUUUAACGGACGCGUUAGACUUAAGUAUGGAAAACCGGGCACGUUUAAGUCAGUAAUGCAAAGAUAUUAUUUUGCAGCAUUGGAGAAAGCGUACGAAUGUGAUGAUCCAAGAACAUUUAAAACUAUCUGCCCGAAAUGUAACAGUGCAAGAACGUUAACCGAACCAGUGAACUGUUGUUUUUAGACGUUUUAAUUGUAUAUAUGUUUUUGUUUUAAUCUUUUGGGCCAACAGUAAUUGGCUUUUCAGGCUGUUGUGGUUACCCAGCCAUCAGUUUAGUGUGUUUGUGUUUGUGUUUGUGUUUGUGUUUGUGUUUGUGUUUGUGUUUGUGUUUGUGUUUGUGUUUGUGUUUGUGUUUGUGUUUGUGUUUGUGUUUGUGUUUGUGUUUGUGUUUGUGUUUGUGUUUGUGUUUGUGUUUGUGUUUGUGAUUGUGUUUGUGUUUGUGUUUGUGUUUGUGUUUGUGUUUGUGUUUGUGUUUGUGUUUGUGUUUGUGUUUGUGUUUGCGUUUGUGUGGGUGCGUAUGUGUUUAUGUCUACUGUAUAUCACACAAUGAUGGAAAAGCAAUUAAAUUAAAUUAAAUUAAAUUAAAGGCCUUUGGCGGCGCCCUUAUAGGCCUUAAGGCCGGCGCACACUAGAGCUAUGUGCUUAGCAAAAUGUCAUUCGUGACUGUUGGCGUAAGGAGAUAGCUCUCGUGUGCGGGCGAUUUACGAACGACUUUUGUCAUUCGUGCCACUUACGCCAAAUAUCUAAAGGCCGGCGCACACUAGAGCUAUGUGCUUAGCAAAAUGUCAUUCGUGACUGUUGGCGUAAGGAGAUAGCUCUCGUGUGCGGGCGAUUUACGAACGACUUUUGUCAUUCGUGCCACUUACGCCAAAUAUCUAACAUGUUUGAUAAGUUCUGCCUCGCGUGCCAAAAUCUUUCCGUGUGCGGCGAACGAAAGCUAUCUGCUUACGGAUUGUCGUAACAGCGCAUGCGUAGUAUACGAAUGUAAACAUCCAAGAUGGCGGCGCAAAAUGAAUUGCUGGCCGAGGCAAUUUUAGAGGACAAACUUACUGGCUAUUUCUUUCACCGCACAUUCCCUUUUGUCCCUAUUUCUAAAAUCUGCAGAACUCACAUCGUAUAAACAUUUGUAUUCAGGCCAAAGUUCGACAAGUUUGUCCUCUAAAAUUGCCUCGGCCAGCAAUUCAUUUUGCGCCGCCAUCUUGAAUGUUUACUUUCGUAUACUACGCAUGCGCUGUUACGACAAUCCGUAAGCAGAUAGCUUUCGUUCGCCGCACACGGAAAGAUUUUGGCACGCGAGGCAGAAAUUAUCAAACAUGUUAGAUAUUUGGCGUAAGUGGCACGAAUGACAAAAGUCGUUCUUAAAUCGCCCGCACACGAGAGCCAUCUCCUUACGCCAACAGUCACGAAUGACAUUUUGCUAAGCACAUAGCUCUAGUGUGCGCCGGCCUUAAAGUUCAUCAAUGAGCGCGGGCGUCGGUCACCAACGAUGGGUGGUCAUCCUCACUGAUCUCAAAAAUAUGGCGGAUUGUCAUGAAUAACGGACACUGAUUGGUCCAAUUUAAAGUUUGCAUUAUAACGACCGCAUGACGACAGCGAAAUAGCAAACAUUUCUUGAUUUGAUCAAAGAUUUGAUGAUUGAUAAAUUUCUUGCAAAUAUAUUUCAUUUUUGCUCGUAUUUCUGCAAGAUUUUGUAAAUUUCAAGAAAGAAAGGGCGAAAGAAUCAGCUAAAAGAAGGGAGCCGACGUUAACGAAGGUAAGUUUGUUUUAAAUAUUGAUUUUAUAAUGGCUUUAAAACCCGACGGCCUUUGCGUUUAUGAAACAACUAAACAAGACAGCAUAUAUAAAUUUCAGUGUAACUUUAAUAUUGACUCCCUUUUUUAUUAUAUUGAAUUUUUUAAAUAAAAAAUAAAGCAAAGACCAAAGUUAUUUGCAAGCGAAAAUUUGAAAUCAUUUUAGGGGUCACGUCCAUAUUCAUGUUGCCACGCAUAACGUCGAAUCGACGUUAACACUCAAACCCACCCACCUACCCUAAAUAACGUCGAGCGUGGCAGUCACAUUGUUCAAAAUCUUCACAAAAUUGUAAUUUUGCCACGAGAUUAUCGAGAUAACGUCGAGAGAAUUGAGAUAAACCCACCCACCCACUCAUAACGUCGAUUCGACGUUAUGCGUGGCAAUAUGAAUAUGGACGUGACCCCUUAUUGCAAACUCAAAGUUUAUCGAUAAAGCCAUUUAAUAGUUAAAGGCAGUUUAGUUUUAUAAAGAACUUUAAAACGUUUUGUGAAUUGUUUGUGGUUGAAUUUUACCUUAAAUUGAGGCUUGUAUUGCGUAUAAUUACAUACCUAACAUAUAUAUGUUGGGAAAUUGAUAAUUUUGUAAUUAAAAGUGAUAUUUUUAGGCGAUUUUCAUUUGUAAGAAUAUUCUUAAAAAAUUAUCGUGUUACCAUGACAACUACUCUAUAUACUUCCUGUUCGGAAAAUACAACGGUUUUGUCAGCAAGGCGAGGGUUUCUGCAUGCAUGUAUUUUCUAGUAAUAUAUGAUAUGAUCGACCAAUCGUUAUCUGUAGUAGGUCUUAAUUUGUCACAUGGAGGAUUCGAGUUAUCCAUUAUAUUUACAUAAUAUACGUCUAAUAAAACUUGACAAGCAUGUUCGUAUUACUUGGACAAUGCAAGGAACCAAUGGUCAUAUGAAAAUAAAUAUGGACUGGGAAUAAGUUGGUACGUUAUACGCUGAUCAUAGCUGAAAAAUUCUACAUUGAACACGUAUGACGCCUAAGGUAUAACAUGCAUGUUGACAUGCAUAGAGAAUUAGAGUUAGGUAAAGGAAUUAUUAAAACUAUUGCUAUUAGCCGUCCAAACAUAUUAGGUACAUGCAUGUCAAAAACAUCAGGCUCUGUUUUAAUAGUCCAACUGUAGGUAAUUAUAGAAAGGUUGACCAACCAUGCAAUUAAUGAUGUCGAGUCUAUUCCACUAAUUCCAGUGGUUUCAUAUAGGUGUCAUCGUAGGAAAUGCCACAGUCAAAGAAUGGUAUGAAAAAUUGUCUAUUCACGUCAGUUUUAAUCUCUUUCAAGUGCCAGUUAGGACAUUAAAGUACUGCUUUUGAGCAUAAAAUAAACCCUUAAACGUUUUAGAUAGUGAAUUGACUGGAUUUAGUGGAGCAUAAGCGAAAUAACACCUAGUAAUAUAUACUAUAUAUAACGAAAUAAUAUUAUAAUCACAAUGUAGGGAAGCCCUAAAAUUCCGCAUAUAAACACUCUUUAAAUAUAAUAUCCAGCAGUGAUUAUUCAAAUAUUAAUAAAACUUUUCAGUAUAAUAAGCUUACUUCAGCCCAGUUAACCGGGCAGGCACACUACAUGUAAUUGUAAAUUAAAAGUUAUCUCGCUCAGCUGUCUGGUCCAUGUAAUCGGCCCCAUAUUCAAAUAUAUAAGGUCCAGGCCUCAUUUAAGGUUAAGUAAUCAUUUUAAUUGGUUAAAAAGUGAUGGUAUUUAUAAUACUUUGAUUUUAAAUAAUAGGAAUGAAUUUCACAGUCUAACACUGUUAAACAUGCAUCAUUGGGAGUAAAAGCCUCACUUGCAUUAGUUCAAAGGUCAAAUCUGCAUUUACAAACAAGCAUAAAAAAUCUUGAAAAUAGUGUAAGCAUUCCUGUGAUCAAUCAUUGAAUAAAAAUAUGAUAAACACCCCAACAUUUUAACCUAAUCAAAUCAUUUUCUAACUUGUAAAGAAGGCCUGAACCUUAUAUAAAUAAUAUCCAGUAUUGGGCGGACAGAUCUACCAUAAAAUGAAGUAAAAACUCAGUAUCUGGGCAGAUAUGAUAUCCUUUGCAUCCCUAGUUAUUUGUUAUGUUUCUUUGUUUUGAAAUACAAAGUUUACAACUUUACUUAAAUACUUGUUAAGGAGAGAGUUUUGGAUAAACGUAUAUGAAAUGACUGUAUAUUGGUAUUCAAUAUACUUAUUUAAUUAAAUAUAUGCACCAUUUGUACCCUUUUAUAGUUAACCCUCAGAUGUAUAAUGGCUUCCCUUCCACAUGCACUGAGAGACAGACAGACCCACCAAAACAAGACAAGGCAGGCAAGCUUUUUAUGUCGAUUCUUCAUGUAAGUUUACUAAUAUUUUUCUUUGUGAUGUAUAGGUUAACCCAUUGAGACCCAUUGCGCCCUGCCAAUGUGAACCAAUUGCAUCAUACUGUACCAUACUAUUAGCAUUAAUGGUACCAAGAUGUGAUGGUCUUAACUCUUUACAGUCGAUUUCAACUUAUUUUUCACUCAAAUGUUCCGAACUUUGUUCCGAAUUUCGCAAAUUCGUUUCCAAGUUCAAAAGUUCAUAAUGAAAUUCACAAACAGGUUUGUAAACAAAGCCUCUGAUUGGCUAUUAAAUCAAACCAGUCAAUCAAAUGCCCAGUUUACAAACCUGUUUGUGAAUUUCAUUAUGGACUUUUGAACUUGGCAACGAAUUUGCGAAGUUCGGAACGAAGUUCAGAACGAAGUUCGGAACAUUUGAGUGAAAAGUAUGUUGAAAUCGACUGUAAUAAUUCAACACACAAGUGGCUGUCAAAACAUUAAAUUAUAACUGUAUGAAGCCACCUGUAAAUGAUUUCAUGAACUAUAACAUGUUCCUAGUUUGUAGCAUUCAGCUUUGUUAUCCAUACAAUUGCCUGUUACUAGCCCAAAUCUGUUACUUUUCGUCCAAUACACGUACAAUUUGGAUAAUUAUAUAUAAAGUCCAGAGAAGUGCAAUGAGAUUUUUUAGAGAAAGAGAGAAAUCAAUCUUUGCAAUAAACUCUAAUAAGGGGCCUAUUAUAGUUUCGCGGUUAUGCGGAUUUAGCCAUAUUUUGAGGUCGGAUUUCGGUUACUGUAUCCAGUUACUUUGUACGGUUUGCGGUUAACUAGAAAUCAUGCGGAGACGGAAAGUGUCGAAAUUAACUCUCCGGAUUCGGUUAUUGACCAAAAUAAAUAGCGGUUUUCGGAUAGUUUUUAACAUGCGGUUAAGAAAUAUUUUACGAGCUUAUGGCAAUAAUUCAGUUCAUGGCAUUCAUCUUCCGAUCGCGCGUAUGUGUUGUUCAACAGAGCCUCGAAAUGACGAAAUCAAAUGAGCAAAGUGGCCGGGAAACCAGGAACACCGGAACACGGAACACCGGAACAGUAUCAUUCCGGAAUACGGAACACCAAAACACCAAAAAUUUCGCUUAAGGGACCGGUCAUAAAGUAUUUACUAGGAGGUGUGGAGGAUAUUUUUGGGGGGUGCAAAAAAAAAGAAGAACCCUGAGGGGGGUACGAAAAAAACAAUAGAACCUCUAGGGGGGUACCAAAAUCUUAGUCCUAUAGGUACGGAAAAAAAAAAUUAUUAUUGUUGAAUAUUGAAUGUUUUGUGCCCAGAUUUAAGUUUGGAAAGAAUUGCUUUACUAUAAUUAUUAAAUCAACACAAGAUAUAUGUUUUAGUCUGACUCAAUGUCAGAUGAUAAGUAUAGGAUUCAGUAUCCGUUGAACUUUUGGAGUACAAAUCUGAUACACCUGAAUUGUUAAUGCUAGCAAGUUCACACCGGCAUUAGAACUUGAUGAACCUGAUGAGGAAGUGUCACAUUGAAUGGAAGCAAAUUUUUUCUAUUUGAAAUAAAGCAUCUUUGAUCUUACUCUCAGUCCAUCGUUAGUAUGUCAGAAUCUGAAAAGACUGGUGACGAAUCGGAGACUGCGGAAAAUGUUAAGGAUAUGGUUACCACUACAAGAAGUGGAAGAGCUAUCACAAGCUGAAGAUUUUCGAAAUAUAGAUAAACGCAAGACAAAUGUUAAAACAGAAUUAAUGAUAGAAGGGGGGUAUGAAAAUUUUCACUUACUUUGAAGGGGGUUACGAACAUUUUUCCACAGGUUUUUGGGAGG